AUGGACUUGAACCAGCAGCCAAUGCGCAUCGUCCCCACCUUUGAUGGACUUGACCCGGGCACUCUGACGGAGGAGGACCUGCAGAUUAUCACCAACAAUGACGCCCAAAUCGCCGACGACCGCUCUGCUAUGUGGACCUAUAAAAUGCGUCAUGAAGCGCAGCGUAUCCUUGAUUUUCUGUACCUAGGACCGCGCACCAUUGUCAAGGACGCCCAAUGGCUAAACGCCACUGGCAUCACCAUGAUUGUACUCGCGCACGACGUGGGCUUCGGCCCGUUGCUCAAAAGCUUUGCAGAGAAGUGCACAGAAGGACUGGAUAUUGAGACCCUUCUCAUCCCCGUAGCGUCAUCCCACGGUCUCACGAAGCUGUUUGACGACAUAACGAGAGCCAUCAACCGAAAUCUCUUGUCCGUCUACCGCCAACAGGCCGAAGGCGCUGGCGACUCGCAGGGCACAAUGGCCAUCAACUCGAGCAAUGUGAAGAGGGGCAAGGUCCUUGUCACGUGUCAGACAGGUAACGACAGGGCGACAGUCAUCGCCGCUGCCUAUAUCAUGUCGGUGUUUGGUGUAGGCAUGGUAGAUGCCGUCAAUUUUAUCACCUCACAACGCUUCUGCUCCAAUUUCGACGAGGAGGCCAAGAGGGCUCUCUGCUCCUGGGAGGAGAUUCUCGGCGCCAGAAAGGAUGUACACCGAGCUCGAACCCCUGUCGGCAGCGAGCGUGGCGGAAGUGGUGCCGGCCUGGCGGGGCCCCCUCAGGCUUUGCGCCCCCUCCUCCGGUGGGAAGAAGAGGCGUAUUGA